AUGUUAGAACAAUUACAACUCGACAAUUUACCAAAUUUACCUCCGUGGGCUGUCUACUCCUCAAUAGCAGUAGCUUCAAUCGGGAUACCCUACCUUCUCGUCACCCUCAAUGAAAAAUCAAUCUUGAAAAAGAUUAAAAUUGUCAAGCAACAAGCCUCUGAUGAUUCCGAUGAUGUUCUUCCUCAUGAUCAACAGCAUCCACAAUAUUCAAAGAAGAGUUAUAAACCUCCAGUGCCAAUUCCAGUGAAUCAAUUGCAACAUUUUAAUACUUUUUAUUGUUUGUGGGUGAAUUUGUUCAAGCAAAAUCAUGGAACGGUGCAAUCGUAUGAGAGGGCUAUUAGAUCUGAUAAUUUCAGACCACAUUUUGGAUUUAUUGGGAAUAUUCCAGUGAUGAUGGUGAGUACGCCAUCUGCUGCAAAAACAAUCUUUUUAAAGUGGAAGGAUGUGGAGAAGGAUGAUUCAUUGAUAUUCUCUGAGGAUAUGCAAAAGUUUUUUGGUGUGAAUGUUGUGUUUGCAAAUGGAGAUGUCUGGAGAAAGCAUAGAACAAUUAUUAAUCCUGCCUUCUUUAAGAUUGAGAGAUUUACUGAUUGUUUUGUGAGAAAUUCUCAAAAGGCAGUUGAUUUAUUGAAAGAAUUAUCUGGUGGAAAGAGUCAAUUUGAAAUUUCACCAUCUGAUUUGACUACUAGAAUGGCUCUUGAUGUUUUGGGUUUAUGCAUGUUGGGAGUUGAUUUUGACUAUCUCAAUCAAAUAAUACCAAAUCGUGGAAAUAAGGAUUCGGAAAAGAAUUUGAAAGCCCUUGCAGCCUAUCACUAUGUGAUGAAUAAUAUGGGAAAUGCAGCUAGACUCUUCUUGGGAAAGGCCUUUACCAAGUUGCCAUUAGAACAAAAUAGAAAGAUGGACAUGUCCAUUGAGGAAUUUAACAAGUUCAUUGGUGAAAUGAUUGAAGAUUGUAGAAAAUCUAAAGAUCCUGCCAUGGAAGAUACCCUUUUGAAAAUGAUGGUAGACUCUGUGGAUGAAGAAGGGAAUGGACUCAGCAAUGAAGAUAUCAAGAACAACACCGCUGUGUUUUUCCUUGCGGGACACGAAACUACGGCAGUGGCUUUAGCUUUCCUCUUUUAUUCACUAGCCAAACAUCCACACGUUCAAGAAAAAUUACUUAAUGAAAUUAAUGAAACAUUUGGAAGUAAUGAAGAUUUAUCAAACUAUGAAAAGAUUCAAAGUAUGAAAUAUUUGGAUUGUGUCAUUAAGGAAAAUUUGAGAAUUUAUCCACCAAUUCCACAACUUCCACCUCGUCGUUUGGCCACUCCACAAGUCAUUGAUGGAUACAAGAUUCCAAAAGGUUUCCUUCUCAUUCUCAAUAUUUAUGCACUUCAUAGAAAUAGAGAUGCCUGGGGUCAAGAUGCAGAAGAAUUCAAACCAGAAAGAUUCAUGCAGUCAAUUGUUCCAAAUUCUUUUGUUCCUUUCGGAAAUGGACCAAGAAUUUGUUCAGGAAUCGACUUUUCCAAACUCGAACAAAAAGCAUUCAUCAUUUCCAUUCUCCAAAAGUUUAGAAUUGACCUAGCUCAUCCAAAUCAAGAAAUGCAAUUCAACAAACAUUUGCCAAACCUUGCUCCAGUUGAAGGACCUACUUUUAGAGUGAAUGGGUAUGAUAUGUUGAGGAAUAAUGCAGGUGGACCACCAAAUUUGAUGGGACAAACAUCCAGUGGUGGUGGUGAAGGAUAUUCUGGGACUAAAAAGUCAUCUCCUCGGCUCAUACUUCAAAAAACCUUUGGAAAUAUUGUUGUUCAAGCAAUUUUGAGUAUUAUUUGCAUGCUCAUUGUAAUCUCUCAAAUUAUUUGUGAAUUGUUUGUUUAUCCUGGAGCUGAUUUGUUUGGAAAGAUAUUUCCAAGAGCUUUUAUUUAUCCAAUCCUGUUGACCUUGUUGAUUUUCUAUAUUAUUGGGAUUUAUGCUUCUCCUACUUAUCACUAUUUGAUUAAUUUUCAAAUGAAUAAUAGAGUAUUGGAAAUUGUGGAAGAAACUAAAAAGGAGAAACCAGAAAUUGUGCUUACUGUUGAAUGUUUUCACUAUGAAACAAGAACUCAUACCACCAGAGAUGCCAACGGACAUACAAGAACUCAUACUACUACAGUGAGAGUGGUGACUCACACUGAAUCGAGAACUUUACCUUUUGAAUUUCACAGAGAUUUUUCACCUCAAUUUUCAUUCAAAAAUACCAACAAGAUUUUCAUCAAAUUAGACAUGACCCAACAAGUGUUUGUGAAUGAUGGCGAAUCGAAAAAGAUUUUGGAUCAGGAGAGAAUUGCCAUCUAUAUUGCAAAUAGAGGACGUGAUACACAUAUGGAUUAUUUCGAAAAUUGGGGUACUCCAAACUUCCAAGGUCAAUACCUGACUUGUAAUCCAAAUCUGAGAACACCUAGAAUUGCCACACCUUUUUGGUAUUUGACAUUUUGCUUGUUUUUCGUUGGGUGGAUUUAUACAAUUUGGUUCAAUAAGAGAUGUGACGCACAGGACUAUACAUUCAUCAAACAAUUGUCAUAUCAGCCAUUCAAUGAUGGGCAAACUGAUAACAAUACGGAUCCAACUAUGUAUCUCAAUAGUGGUUAUGGAUUCAGUUCAAGUGGAUCUAAUGCUUUCAGGAGGACUUUUAACACUACGGAGCAACAAUUGGACAUGCCAGCCAAUAUGUUUACUCAACCAGUUCAACCAAACAUUUACGGUCAACAACCAAUGGUACAACCAGGACAGGUUCCACCACAAUACGGACAACAACCAGGUCAAAAUCAAUUCGUGCCAAUUCAACAAACUCAACCAUACUAUCAACCAAAUAUGUACCAACAACCACAAAUAGGAUUCGUAAACCAACCAGGAAUUGCUUACAAUCCAAACUUUGUCCAACAAGAACAAUCAAGACAACCAUUCCAAAAUGAUCCUGAACCAGUUCAAUAUUAUCAAUCAUCAGGUUAUAUUCCACCAAAAAUUUAAUAAUUAAAACUUGUGGUAUCUUUCUGCU